CAGAGGUCGCCAUUUACAAAUACUGUGCAGGCAGUAAAUAAUACAUUUCAGUGGGUGUCCUCAAGACCACGUUGAUCUUAACCUCAAAAAACUACUCACGCGGUUGCCUUCAAAAUUGAAAAACAAAAUGGUUCGAAAGAAGAUUGACAACAGAAUUCGGGUUUUAAUCGAUAAUGGAGUUGCCGAGGGCCAUCGCACAUUUUUCGUCGUCAUUGGCGAAAAAGCCAGAGAUCAGGUAGUCCUCAUCAACCACAUGCUAUCAAAAACAAUGGUCAAAGCUCGUCCCUCAAUUCUCUGGUGCUACAAAAAAGACCUGGGCUUUAGCAGCCACCGUCAACGGCGUCAGAAAAAGAUCGAGAAAAAAAUAAAAUCCGGAAAAAUUGACAUAAACGAAGACGAUCCCUUCGAGUUAUUUGUCGCCUCAGCAAAAAUUCGUUACUGCUACUACAACGAGACCCACAAGAUCCUGGGUAAUACCUUCAGUAUGUGCAUACUGCAGGACUUCGAGGCACUCACUCCAAACCUCCUGGCGCGAACCAUAGAAACCGUCGAAGGAGGAGGAGUGAUAGUUCUCCUCCUGCAGUCUGUGAACUCCCUGAAGCAGCUCUACACGAUGAGUAUGGACGUCCACCAAAGAUACCGUACAGAAGCCCAUCAGAACGUGGUGUGUAGAUUCAAUGAGCGUUUCCUUCUCUCCUUGUCCUCGUGCAGUCGUUGCCUGGUGGUUGACGAUCAGUUGCGAAUCCUCCCGGUCUCCUCCAAGAACCUGAAAAUCGAGCCAGUACCAAAGCUGCCAUCGAGUGAGGAGAAUGUCGAGCUGAACGCCCUGAAGGAGAGCUUCCAGGACACCCAGCCUGUCUCGUCCCUGGUCAACCUCUGCAAAACCGUCGACCAGGGCAAAGCUCUCCUGAAGUUCAUUGAGGCCAUUUCCGAGAAGACUCUCAGAUCAACGGUAUCUCUGACAGCUGCCAGGGGACGUGGUAAAUCGGCGACCCUGGGUCUGGCAAUUGCUGGUGCUGUUGCCUUCGGCUACUCCAACAUCUACAUCUCGAGUCCUAGUCCGGAAAAUCUCAACACCCUCUUCGAAUUCAUCGUCAAAGGAUUUCAAGCACUUGCUUAUGAAGACCGACACGAUUAUGAUCUCAUACAGUCGACAAAUCCAGAGUUCAAUAAAGCCACUGUGAGAAUCGACGUCCACAGGGAUCAUCGUCAGACGAUUCAGUACAUUCAUCCAACAGAUGCUCACAAGCUGAGUCAAGCUGAGCUGUUGGUCAUCGACGAGGCAGCAGCGAUACCUCUACCCUAUGUCAAAGCAAUGCUGGGUCCUUAUUUAGUGUUCCUGGCUUCGACAAUCAACGGUUACGAAGGCACUGGCAGAUCUCUGUCCCUCAAGCUUCUCCAGCAGUUGAGGAGUCAGACAGCUGCCCCCAAUACUCAUAACAAGAACGACAAGGCUCUGAUCGGCCGAACGCUGUACGAAUUAACCCUGGACGAAUCGAUUCGUUACAAACCUGGGGAUGACGUUGAGAAUUGGCUAACAAAUUUACUCUGUCUUGAUGCGAUAACUCACGCACCUGUUCUCUCUGGAUGCCCACCACCCGACGUCUGCCAGCUUUAUUACAUCAAUCGAGAUACCUUAUUCUCAUAUCACAAAGCUUCCGAGCUCUUUCUUCAGCGUUUGGUGGCCCUGUACGUGGCUUCCCAUUACAAAAAUAGUCCGAACGAUCUUCAGAUGAUGUCUGACGCUCCUGCACAUCAUCUGUUCUGCCUACUAGGACCGGUGGAUUCCAACAGGAAGACACUGCCUGAGAUUCUUGUUGUCAUUCAGGUGUGUCUCGAGGGGGAGAUCAGUAGCUCAACGGUAACUGACGGUUUAGGUAGGGGAAAAAGAGCCUCUGGGGAUCUCAUCCCCUGGACGAUAGCCCAGCAAUAUCAGGACAAUGACUUUCCAAGGCUGGCGGGUGCCAGGAUCGUGAGGAUAGCGACUCAUCCUGACUAUCACAGCAUGGGGUAUGGGAGAAGAGCUCUAGAGCUCUUGAAACAGUACUACGAGAUGAAAAUUCCCAAUGUCGACGAGGUUGAGGAGAACGAGAUCAAUCGGGUGGAGGAGGAGGAGGUGGAUCUCCUUGAAGAAACUAUCAAACCCAGGGCCUCACUGCCCCCAUUGCUGCUCAAGUUGAGUGAGAGGAGACCUGAGAGGCUGGAUUAUCUCGGUGUCUCGUUUGGACUGACUGACAGGCUCCUCAAGUUCUGGAAACGCGCAGGCUUUGUCCCAGUCUAUUUAAGACAGACCACGAACGACAUCACCGGGGAACACUCCUGCAUUAUGAUCAGUAAAGUUGAUUCUGGGGGACAGGAUUUUCACUGGCUUCAGGAAUUCUGGAAGGACUUCAGAAGGAGAUUUAUCACACUCUUGUCGUAUGGCUUCUCCUCUUAUUCGUCUGCUUUGGCCCUGGGAAUGCUGAGCAACAAGACCUUUCAGGCGAAGAGCGUUGUCAUCAAGAAGGACGUCCUGGACGUUUAUUUCACUGCUUACGACCUUAAGAGGCUCGAUGGCUACUCCAAUAACAUGGUGGAUUAUCAUUUGGUAAUGGAUCUACUGCCACCACUGGCUAAACUCUAUUUCCUGGGGAUGAUGGGGGAUGUCAAGCUGUCUGCUGUGCAGGAGGCCAUCUUGCUCGCGGUUGGACUGCAGCAGAAGACUGUUGAUAAGCUGUCGGAGGAGCUGGGCCUGCCUUCUUCACAGCUUUUGGGAUUGUUCAACAGGAUUAUAAGGAGGUGCAUGCAAUAUUUGAAUGGCAUUGCUGAGGAGUUUGUCGAGAGCAAUAUGAAGGUCAGGGAUGAAAAGGAUGAGGUGAGGGUGGAUGCGGGGAAGGGGAAGAGUCUGCAGCAGGAACUGGAUGUUGCUGCGAAGGAAUUGAAGCACAAACAGAGGGUGGAACUUGAGAGACUCAAAAAGGAGAAUUUUGAACAAUAUGCCAUCAAGGGGAGUGAGGAGGAAUGGAGUAAUGUGCUUAAGGGAAAAGGGAGUAAAUCUCUGAUCUCGAUUAAGAGUGGGGAAAAACGGGGGAACAGUGAGGUUUUACCAGAGGAAAAUUUUCGGGAGGGGGAGGGGCGGAAGAAGAAGAAAAAAAUCAAACAUGGAAUUUCCAAGUGAUGAAUUUGAACAGUUAACGAUGAAAAGGUAUUAAAAAAUUUUUUUUGAUAAUCAAAUUAUGACUUGUCUUGAAUGGAGAUGAUUAUGUUGUGAUUUGGGGUAUUUGGAGGUGUUCGUUGUACUUUGGUUCUUGGGUACAACACUGUAAAUUAAACUUAGUGUAAUAAACUUGUUUUAUUUUACAAAAAUAUAA